CGCAAGUAAUAAGUGAGACCUCACGAAGAGCAAUUACACUCGCAACGAGACAGAGAUCCCGUCUAGACCUUGGACUUGAGCUAAGGGCGAGUAUCAGCCCAGCUAGCCGCGAGGGGCUGCAGCGCUGUGAACUCGCGGUCGUUAAUAGACUGUGGGAAGCGGCGAGCCGAGCUCCAAUUGUCCCGCGAGAAUGCAGCCAGAUGCCAUCUGGACCCCACGCACGUCAAUGGAGAUAAAGAGGUGCGGCUGGCGAUGGUCUCGUGGGACGAGCGGCGACAAGCGGGCUGAUACGAAUAUUGAGGCCCUCGAAAAAAUCAUUGUAUGGUCAGCCCUCCGUCGCCCUCGCACCGCACGAGGGUGGGCAUCAGCGGCAGUCGAGGCGAGAAAUCAGCGAGGAUACCGUGAAAGGGGCGGCGCGACGUCAGGAUUGGCGGGAAGUGUGACAACAACGUACGUCGGGAGCAUGUCUAACUUCAAGCUUGGACCCGUGAUACGUGCAUGCGCAACCGGCGUAGCUCGUAGCUGGCUCGCGGUGCGUGCUUGGGCCGGGCACAUGCACGGUACCUACUAAACUGAGCAUCAAUGGCUGUCACUAUUAGUCAGUUCAGAGCACAGUUAUG